UCAUGGCGGCGCCCAUGAAAACGUGCAGACGAAUUUUUAUUCAGUUCAAAACCUUGAAAAAUUGUAGAUAUUACUGUGAGAGUACUCCUAGCAAUGUCAGGGUUAGGUUUGCGCCUAGCCCUACGGGGAUGCUUCAUUUGGGAGGAUUGAGAACUGCUCUUUACAACUAUCUGUUUGCUAGAGCUAAUGGAGGGCGUUUCAUUCUCCGAAUUGAGGAUACAGACCAGGCAAGAUAUGUAAGAGGGGCUGAACAGAAAUUGGAAGAAGCUUUAGACUGGGCGGGCAUUAGUCCACAUGAAGGACCAUCUCAAGGUGGUAACUACGGGCCAUAUUUACAGUCAAAGCGAUUAGAUCUUUACCAUGAAGAAAUCAAAAAAUUGAUACAGAAUGGAACUGCUUAUCAUUGUUUUUGUACACCUAAAAGACUUGAACUAUUACGUAAAGAUGCUGCCAGACGAAGAGAGACUCCCAAAUAUGAUAAUAAAUGUAGACAUUUAACAUCAACAGAAGAAGAAGAAAAACUAGCUAGAAAUCAUGAAUUUGUUGUUAGAUUAAAGAUGGAAUGGAGUGAAGAACCAUAUGAAGAUAUGAUUAAAGGACCAAUUGUACAUAAUGUAGCUGAAAUAGAGGGAGAUCCGGUUCUACUUAAAUCUGAUAAAUAUCCUACGUACCAUUUUGCUAAUGUUGUAGAUGAUCAUCAUAUGGAGAUAUCACAUGUUUUUAGAGGAGAUGAAUGGCAGGCAUCAACACCCAAACAUAUCAUGAUAUAUAAAGCAUUUAAUUGGUCUCCGCCACAAUUUGCACAUUUACCACUGAUUGUAAACAAGGAUGGAAGUAAGUUAUCAAAACGACAAAAUGAUAUAAAUGUAGAAUAUUAUAAGGAUUCAGGUUACUUUCCAGAAGCUGUAAUAAAUUAUGUAACAAAAGUAGGGGGUGGAUUUGGAACAGAUGAACUCUAUGGUUUCAAUUUGCCACAAUUAGCCGAUAUGUUCCAUGUAGCGCGUAUAAAAAGACAGUAUGGUCGUCUUGAUCCUCAAUGGUUAGAAGAAGCCAAUAAAGUUCAAUUAAAAAAUAAAAUAAAGUGCCCAGAUGAGAGAGUCAAACUAAUCAAAUUCAUUGGAGAUAUUGUUCAUAAGGAAUUUGGAACUAUUAACGAAGACUAUAUUGGUAGAGUAUUGGAUUGGAGCAUUGCAGAGAAUCGAAUUGUCAAAUUACAAGAUUUGGUGGGGUCAAGAUUUAUCUUCUUGUGGUCAACACCAUCUGACAGUCAUAUAGAUGCCAUGCAAGCUAUAGACCCUACUGUAAAAGCUGUGUUAAUUAACUGUGCUAAUAAAUUAAAGAAUGUUGACCAUUUUACUAAAGACUGUUUAGCUGAGGUUCUUAAAUGUCAUAUAAAUGAGGAAAAAAUGAAAAUGAUGGACUAUAUGAAAAUCUUGCGAAUGGCUUUAAGUGGAUUGAAGGAAGGUCCUCCUGUGGCAGAAAUGAUGGCAAUUAUAGGAAAAGAUAGUACAUUAUCUAGACUUCAAAAUACAAUAGAUAAACUUCCUAGUGCAAUAUUAUAGUGAUCAUGUAUAUAAUGUAAACAAAAUAUAUAUAUACUGUAUAAUAAACAUUUACAGAUUGCCUUUUUUAUAUUGGUCAUCUUACCAACAUAGAGUUUACUGAGAUUUAUAAAAUUGUUAUGAAGUUAUUUUCUCAAACAUUGGACAAUUUCCUAAAAUAUCUUAUAGUUUUACAUGUAUUUUGUGAAACCUGAUCCUGGUCCUGAAUCCACAACAAUUUUUAUAAUGUAAUACUGUAAAACAAAACAUUUAUAUGAUCUGAUGGGAAUGGAUCGACGUAAACGUGUGUUGAAAUUAAACCAAACAAUGACAUCAUUGUUCUGUUAUCAAUGACUUUUAUUAGCCCAGCAUCUAAAUACAUGUA